UCGAGCCGUUUAGUCUAGAUUGGUCUUCGGUUCGGUACGGUUCUGCCCAGGAGCGCACAGUAGAAUAUCGGUUAAACGAGGUAUUAGCUUCCCCAUGUGUACAAGUGUGGGUGAAAAUUGUGUUAUUGUAUUAGUAGAGAAAUGUCCUGGCAAGUACAAGAAGAUGCAUGGCAAUAGUAGCAAAGAAAGUAUAUAAUGGAAAACGCUUAAUUUUCCUGUUCCCGUCGAUAUUGCUGCCGGAGUUGGUUCGGAGUGAAGUGUUGUGUUUCAACAAGGGGAAAAUUAAAUUUCAUUGUAUUGAGGAGCUUGUAUAGUAUUAAUAAAAGUGAAUUUUCACAAGUUUCUCGGGAUAUAAUCUCAUCGACUUAUUUAGCACCAGCAAUCUGAUUGACGAACGGGAGUGAUCGAAGAAAAGAAAUUUUCCGAAAGAAAAUUCAGGAGAGUAUGAUACCUAAUUUAUUGAGCCACGAGUUGUUAUGAUUUGUUGUUGGCCAAGGCUUUUUCUCUCUGUCCAUUUCGUUUUGUAGUGUUACUCUCGAGAAAGCAUGUGAAUGUUUGAUUGUACUGUAAAGUAUUCCUUCACACCAGUGUUUUCGCAUAUAUUCAGCAUCAGUUGAAUGUUAUCAAGUCUCGUAACCUGCUGUCUGCCAGUAAAGUGUUUUGUUUAUACCUAUCAUCUCUGUAACUUGUUUAGAGCCUUACGAAUAUUGCUGGGCUAAUGGAUAAAUUAUUACUCGUUAUCAAUUGGAAUUAAUUUCCUAUUCUGUGGUGAACACAAGUGUGAAGUUUCGUAACACAUACGCGCUGCCCGAUCCUGUCCGCUUCGUUGAAUCAAUCGAAGCCUUGGCAGCAACCGAAAACGAUGGUGCAAAAAUUGCAAUCGAGAGUGAAUAAUUUACGUAAAUUGGGGAAAAUAUGGAUACAAAUUUUCCUGCUCGUGUUGUGUCUGAGUGCGCAUGUCCUUGUUGUGACAUCUCAGCCACAGCAGCAAUCACAGCAACAACAACAACAACAGCAGCAGCUGCAGCAACAGCAAAAGGAAUUACAACAGCAGCAAUCACCGACCAAUCUGCCAUCGCCACAGAAACGAGGCGGUAGCACCGACUCCAGCAAGGACCACUGCAAUAAAACUGUCGAUAUUUACGAGGACGUUGCAUCGCCGGAGGUGACAAACCUCAACCGCAAUAGGCCGCUCACCUGCUGGUACCGGUUCCGGAGCUUUCGAGGGGCGCCUCGAGAUUGGGUGCUGAGACUGAAUUUCAAAAAGUUCAAAGUGGGAUCGCUGCUCAAUGCAACCCAUUGCGAUGGUGGUUAUCUGCAGAUCGUGGAUGGCAACGCCAAAACGGACGUAUCAAAUCGUAGGGAGCCGGGUCAGUUCUGUGGCGAGUCCGAACAACCACAAACAUUCAUCAGCGAAACAAGUGCCGUCAAAAUCGUCUUUCAUACCGAUAAUUUUACCGAUCAGACCUAUUUUGCCUUCGACUCCAGGGCGGAACAACAGAUGGAAGUGUUCAAUCGAUACGGUCCCCACCCAGAGUUGUACCCGAAUCGACGCGGUGAAGUUGUCCAAGGUUCGUACUGCGAACGGGAAUUUCGAGACUGCCGACUGCAAACUUGUUACGUACAAUCGCCUGCCUACCCGGGAAUCUAUCCGCGAGCACUCAAGUGUCGAUACCGACUACACACUCGGCUGCCCUUCAUUAAACUUUACAUCCAGAACGAACAGUUUGCCGUCGAUGGUCAGAGAUGCGAAAACAUCAUGACAUGUCCGAUGAAGGAAAUUGGCUCAGGAUCUGAGCACUGUCCGUACGACUGGUUGGCAGUCUACGAUGGUCGAGAUGAACACGCUCCUCCGAUUGGAAAAUUCUGUGGUAUGGGAAAAUUUCCCUUUAGCAUUAUUGGAACAUCGCAGCACAUGUACGUCGAGUUUGUAUCGUCGCCCGCGGGACCACUACUCAAUACGGGGUUCCAUUUCAACGUUGGAAAUUGGCCCGGCCACGUGGAAACCGUCGGUACUAAGCACGGCGCCUGCGAUUGGUUGUUAAGCUCGGAUGCACUGAAAGCAACAAGCGCAUCGGAGGGAAUAUUCCUCAGUGUGGCACAUUGGUAUCCACCGAACACAUCUUGCAGUUACCAUAUUCAGGGAAGCGAGGGCGAAAUCGUGCGGCUAUAUUUUCCAAGUUUUCGCAUCAAUCGUAUCGAAGCACCCAUCAUCAAGUAUGAAGAGGACUGUGCAGAAUCACUCACCAUUUACGAUGCCAACCAUCCAGAUCCGGCUCGGAUCAUCAAAACAUUUUGUGACACCUUUUCGAGACCGAUGGAGAAGAUAGAUUUUGUCAGCACCAGCCGUUCGUUGUAUGUGAAGUUUUUGAGUAAAACAGGUUCCUACAGUGGCAGCUCACUGUACUAUUGGGCUCAUUACGACUUCUUCAACAAUACCCGAUACGGUGAUCCUGUUCCAAAUACAAUUUGCGAUGAGGUGUUCUACGCCUGGAAAUACAGUAAAGGAGUACUGGGAUCACCGAGGAACACACUCAUUUUCAAGCGAGCAUCCGGAAGUGACGUGCGAUGUCAGUAUAAAUUUGUCACCGAUCGGAGGCUGUUUUCGCGAGUUGUCGUUGAGGUAACCUCCAUCACUUUCAAAGAAGUACCGUAUUCGAUGAAUGCUUGCACUAGAUGUCACGAGGAACGAGUAGAUAAGCUGAUCCUGUGGGAAGAGAAAGACAAGAACCAGAAUCGACUGGCGUGCUUUUGCGAUAACAUUCCGCGUCCAGUGCGUGUGAUUUCAUCAGGUGAUCAGAUGAAUCUCGAGUUGAUUAUUCAAGGACAACACGCUACAACAAGCUACUUCAAGAAUCCGAAUACAUUGUUCGAAGCGAAUUACGAAUUCGCCCACGGGCCAAUUUGUGGACCAAUUACACUUGGUCCCUCGCCGGACGGAGAGCUAGUAUUUCCGUAUAAAAAUUCACUAGGUCUUCAAUUGACAGAGAACAGACGAGAGAAGUGUAUAUGGGAACUGAAGGUAGCCGCUCAGAGAGAUUUAUGGCUGCACCUAGAUAAGGCCCGAUUUGCUGAGCGAAGUUGUGAUCAUGGCCGAAUUGAGGUCUACUUGGCUGGACGCUUGGAACCAAGGUUCAUAAUUUGUCCAGAAAAUGUUAGUUUAGCGAGGGAUUUGCCGAUUCUUUCGGCAGCCGAAUUGGGUGCCGUCGAGAACGAAAACGAACCUCUUCCGGUGCUGAUUCAGUAUACUGGAGACAGUGCCAUUGGAAAGAACGCCUUCAAAUUCGUUUGGACUGAAUUGUUUCAUUUACCGAGAAACGCAGAUGGAACGUUAGCUACAUCAUCUAUGUUCAAAGAUAGUUGUGACUUUUACUGUCCGGGCGAUCAGCACGUUUGCAUUCCGGAAUAUUUACUUUGCAACGGUUACCAAAACUGUCCGAAUGUGUCUGGACUUCGUGUCGUUGAGAGCAAUAUCGACAAAAACUACGAAUACAUCGAAGAAAACUACAUCCGAACCGGAUUAUUCGAUAAGGAAUUCCUAUUGAACAUAGACUAUCUAACCGAUGAAGCGCCAGAGCUCUGUCGCACUAAAUACAUUCCGAACAACGGAGACUAUCCGGACAUAAUCGAAUGUUUCCAGUUUCCAAUAAUCCAAAUGGUUGUGGCCGGUGUUGUCCUCAGCACAUUGAUUAUUCUCGCCUUUACCAUUUACUGCCGACUGUACGGACAGAAGUACUACGACUGAGACGUACCCCAUUCGAGCUGGGGCAGAUGCACUCGUUCAGCCAUGUUCGUAGAAACCGUGUAGCCAAUAGAAGAAUUCCUCUACAAGCGACUAGGUUUUAGUAAAUCAAUACUCAACCAAGCAAACAAGCAUGCCUUCAUUUUCCUCCCAUUUCUCCAGUUUAUUAGUAAAAAAAAAUCUCAAACACACAAAUUUACGAUUACCUUCCUUAGGAAAUUUAAAAGUGCACUCCGAUGAAGAUCGACACACAUUGUUCCGAAGGGUGGCUGCAAUGAAACGAUAAACUAUCUACGUAGAAAGAGUUUUGCCAGCUUCGUUUCAGAAGUUGAAAGUUGGUCUAGUCUACGCAAGUCGCCAGUUAAUCAGAAUUACAUAAUUUUUAGGAAAGAGAUUUCCCAGGUUAUUUUUACCUCAUUUGGUAGGCUCAGAUUUAAAUGACGUCACUCGUCAACCAAGCGAUUCGAGUUUGACUUUUACAAGGUAAACCAAAGAGAAAACAGACGGAUGGAGAGAGUUGUUGAGAAUUUAUUGGUCGUUUUCGAAUGCAUAUAGAAGAAAAAUAAAAAAAAAACUCUCGUCAGAUGAUCUAAUUAUUUGAAGUAGAGAAAGAAGUUAUUUAAAUGAAGACAAAUUUAAACCGCACUGCACAAUUUGUAAAUAAGCAAGUAAAAACAAAUCUAACGAGAUGAAAUAGGAAAAACAAUUCAAUUAUAUACAACUGCAAACCAAAACAUGUAGAAACGGACAAGGAUCGAUGAAGGUUAAUAAAUUCUAUUGAAGAUGAUAUAGUGAAGGAAA